ACGAGUGCCGAAAGCGAGCCAUCUGGUGAAACGAUGAUGUCUCCACCGACAUCGUCCUCCUCAGCACCGUCAACACCGGCCACGUCCGAUGACUCACUGUUCGUGAAACCGGCUCUGCCGAGCAUCACACGUCUCAAACCACGCCGUGUCUUCUCAUCACGACCAAUCUCAAGUUCACGAUUAACCGUUCCGAAAAGAAGAUUCUCACCUGAACCAGAGAAGAAGCAAUUCAAAGGUAUCCCAGGCUACCGCAAGCCCCUUCCUGAGAUGGUUCAUUUGAGCGAAUUGAAGAGAAUCUUUGAUAUGCUCCCGAUCAAGGAGUUCGAGCUUCCAGUGAAUUUCAAAUCAAAGUCGAAAAAACGUCAGUCGACGACUUCUUCGACGAUUUCUGAUGAAUUAAGCACCUCAUCGGCAUCACCCAUAUCAUCGCCUAUUCCUGUUGCUUUGCCUGAAAGGAAAUCUCCUGAAUGCGGCGUGCAGUCAGUAAAAGAGGAAUCUGGUGCACCGUCAGUGAAAGAAGAGUCCAUAUCAAGUGCGUUCCCAACACUACUUGCCGUUCUCCCAUCCUCAUUGAUCGUUCCAUCGGAAGUCGUUGAUUUCUCAUUACCUGCCUCAUUGAUGCGCAAAAAACAAAAGCAGAAUGAAGAUGAUGACGAGAAAAAGUCAGCCGUUCGACGUCCGAGCCGUAGAUCAAAAGCACUGCAACAGCAGCAGCAGCAACAACAACAACAACAGCAGUCUCCUCGCGGUGGUUUGAAACUGAUCAAGUUUCCGUGGCGAAAGCGACGUAGAAGUGAAAGUUUGCGGAAGAGUCACGAGAAGGACGAUGUGCAGAAAUCAUCAACGGACACGGAAUCUGGGUAA